AUGGCGUUGCCUGCUCCUGCGCGCUACGGUUACGUAGUAAGGGAGUACCCUGGAUGGUACCAGGUCUCCUUCAAGGGCGACGAUGGCUGCCGGUACGCGCAUGCGCCGGAGUCAACGUCGCUGUGGAUAGAGCGCCCGAACGGCGCUGUAACAGAGUCGGCGGAUACACUGACAUCCGAGUUUCCGAUAUCGGAGUGUGACGCCGACGCCAUUUUGGGUAUCAUAAACAUCAACGGCUCGUUGUAUCUCAACACCGUGUUGCGCUCGGAACCGGUUGCCAAUGUGUCGUUUGACCAGGCGACGGCGGUCGACUGCCGCACGUCGCCGAUCUUCAGCGUCAAGAUGGUCCACAUGUUCCCCCUCGACGUACCCCGUGGCGAUGGCGGCAUGCCAACCGGUCGUUACGACGACGCGGUGCUGCUGGGUGACGACACCGUGGAUUGGCAGAAGGCGCAAUUUGAUGGUUCGACUGGCACCAGCCCGGUAUCGCGCGAUCCGGGGUGUGUUGCGUACCCCGCCAUCGACCUUAACGCCGGGAUCAUCGGCGACAUCAAUCGGCUGCUGACCACCGGACACUACUAUUCGCGUGCUGCAGAUCUGACUCAUUCGCUGCAGCGUCAAUGGGAGAGAGACAUGCUCCCACUGCGCCCCAGGAGGUUCGCCACGGAGUUUUCCGGGAGACUCGCUUCUUCGCCUAAUGGCUUGUAUGACGGUUUCCCCGAUGCGGACGAGCAAUCGAAGACCCUUUACGAGUUGGCCGACCCGAUGUUCAACUGGACCCAGGGCAUGGCUCACAACAUCCCCCCUCACUGGCUCACGGUGCUCAUGCAGGGCUACGUGGGAUACAGCCAACAGAGCUGGCACGGCAGGCGCGUGGAAGUGAUGGUUAUCGGUCGCCGCAGCGUCCACCGUUCGGGCACGCGCCUGAACGCUCGCGGCAUUGACAGCGAGGGCCAUGUCGGCAACUUCGUGGAGAGCGAGACUAGGCUGCGGGUCGACGGCAGCCCGUGGAAGAGUUUCGUGCAAUGCCGCGGCUCAGUGCCCGUGUUCUGGGGCCAGCGCAACAUAUUUGCACCGGCCUACUUCACGCGCCCUAUCAACGAGAGCGAGCAGGCAUUCUUGCUUCACCACAAGGACCUUAGGGACCUAUACGGGGACAAUGUGUACAUCUGGCUGCUGUCGCUGCUAGAUGUCAAGGCCAGCGAGAUUUUCUUGGUGCAGGCCCUGGACCACCUGAUGCAGACCUUCAGCAACAUGCCCAUCCAGCUCAUCAAGUACAACUACAACGAGAAGGUGAAGAAGAGCUCAGUGGUGCCCGAGCUGCUGGCGUUUGUCAACACGAAGCUGUUGGGCACGCUGCGAAGCAUGGGCUACUUCGACGGCUCAAUAAUGUCUGUGAAGGACGACGUGGCCGUCAGCAAGGGUGUUGUCGAGCACACGCAGCGUGGCGUGUUCCGCGUCAACUGCCUGGACUGCCUCGACCGCACCAACGCCAUGCAGUUGAUGGUGGCGUGGGUGUGGCUGGCCGACAUGCUCGACCCGCACGGCCUGACGAACAUGUACGAAUACACUGAGGACGGCGAGAACGACUUCAGCGGUUCGCUGCGUCAUUUCCGCGACAUGUGGUGCUCCCACGGUGAUGCCAUCAGUCUGAUCCACGCGGGCACGGAGUCCAUUUACUCCCAGCAUAUCCGCGAGGGCCGUCAUUCGUAUGGAGCUUUGUUCCACUACACCAAGACGAUGGUGACCCGUGCCUGCAGCAUCGUCUUCUCCGACGAGGCGCGCCAGGCAUGCCUGAACCUCGUCCUGAACAACGCGUCCCCGUCGAAAGAUUCACCGAGAGCCGUGGAUACCGAGAUAACAGUUCCCGAACUGCCCUCUCCGGAGCCAGUCACCCACGGCGACCUGGUGAUCUGGUGCGGCACCUGGAACAUGAACGGAGCGACGCUGUCGAACAAUGACAACAUCCACGAUUGGAUGGCAUCUGGCGCCGAAAAGGGCGCCGAAGUAUUCGUAUUUUUCGUCCAGGAGUUUGUGGAGCUCUCGGUGCUGAACGUGUUGAGCGGCCGCACCGAGGAGAACAAGGAGAUGCUGUUCAACGGCAAGAUCCUGCGCGCCCUGGGCGAGUUGUACCAGGGCCGCGGCGUCAGCUUCGUCCACCUCAAAUCGUGCUCCAUGGUGGGUCUAUACAUGACCGUCUUCGUGAGCACCCGCCUGGUCCCAUCGGUGAAGAACAUCGAGACCACCGCGGUGAAGACUGGGUUCAGCGGCAGUGUAGGAAACAAGGGUGCCGUUGGAAUGCGGUUUUCCAUCGGCGGCCAGCAGAUAACGUUGGUGGACGUCCACAUAAACUCCGGCAAGCUCCCCACCCGCGUGCGCAUCCAGGAGCUUGACGGCGUCAUGCGCAACGUGUUCCACGAGCACGCACCCCGGGUGCUGUUCGACGCCGACCUGUUCAUUUUCGCCGGCGACUUCAAUUUCCAGGUCGUGGUGGACGACGGCUACACGACGGCGGACAUUUUCAGGCACAUAUAUGGCGGCGGUCUGGACUACCUACUGCGCUACGACGAGUUCUUGUCCGACCUGAAGAACCAGCUGCCCUUCGUCAGCCGUCUCCAGGAGGCGCCCAUAAACUUCGACCCCACCUACAAGUUCAAGAAGGGCACCGACUUCUACGACGCGAAGCGAACUCCCGCGUGGUGCGAUCGCAUUUUGUACGGCGGCGCGGGCCUGCCGACACCGGACCAGCGGGUGCACUGCCUGUCGUACCGCCGCCACAACCUGAUGAUCUCCAGCGACCACAAGGCGGUCUCCGCCCUGUUCGUGCUGGAGGCGCAGAAGGCCCCGAGCCGCGAGGAGGACAUGUCACUGAUCGAGCUGUGA